AGUUCCUCAAGAAUCGUGUUGGUUUUGAAUGACAGCCAGAACGAGGUAGCUGGCCAAAUCAGAACAUCGAGACUGUGUUGGUUUCUUGGGUCUUUUAAGCGGCAAGUAAUUAGGUACGGAAAGCAAUACUAGAAAAUAUAAAUGCCGCAGUGGGUAUUCACCGUAAAAGCAGAUAAUUUUUCAAACCUGACUGACUUGUCUGUCAGCGGUGUUGAGCUUGGCAGGUAUUUCAAGGUAGCGUCCUCAGGCUCUCGUGCACCAGUCUGCUUCUGAUAGACCAAGCAGGAGAAAGAUGAAUUCAGUGGGAAACAACUCUGUCGUCCAGGAGGUGGACCUCCAUAGUAAGACCAAUAAUGAGGAGCACCACACCAGUGAACUCUCUGGAGAUCAGCUUAUCGUGCGGAGAGGACAGUCCUUUAAGAUGACCGUGAAAGUGACGAAGCCUUUUAACCCCGACCUUCAUUCCCUCUUACUCACUGCCAAAACUGGUGGGGCCCAGGGAGAGUACUCCUCAGAGGACCAGGGCACCUUGUCACGUUUUGGUAUCCCAGACUACCCCAAUCGUUCACUGACAGCAAAGGCUAUUUGGACAGUCCAACUUCAUGAUAGCUCCUCGCUGACGUCCCUGAUCCUGCUCAUCACCCCCCCGCCGGACACCCCCAUCGGAAAGUACACCUUGACAGGAAGUCUGUGGGAUGAGGAAAUACAGGUGGCCACGCUCGUGGUCCUCUUCAACCCUUGGUUCUCAGGAGACUCUGUUUUCAUGUCUGAUAAAUUGGAGAGACAAGAAUAUGUGAUGAAUGAACAAGGAGAGAUUUACAGAGGAAGUACCGAUUACAUAUCUGGAAUGUACUGGGACUUUGGCCACUUUGAAGACGACAUGGUGGACAUUUGCCUCAUGAUUUUGGACAAGAACCUCAACUACACAAACAACCCAAGCAAAGACCUCGCCUCUCGUGGCAGUCCCAUCUACAUCAGCCGCGUGGUCAGCGCCAUGAUCAACAAUUUCGAUGACCCUGGCGUCCUGCAGGGCAACUGGUCAGACUCGUUUGAGGGCGGAGAAUCCCCUUCCCACUGGAGCGGCAGCCAUGACAUUCUUUCUAAAUGGAUAAAAAAUGACUGCCACCCUGUUAAGUUUGGUCAGUGCUGGGUGUUCGCUGGCGUGAUGUGUUCAGUCAUGCGGCUUCUGGGCAUCCCCACUCGUGUGAUCACCAACUUCCAGUCAGCCCACGACACUGAUGCCAACCUGACCAUCGACGUGUACCACCCGUUAGAAGGCGCCGAGCACAUCGAGUCAGCAGACAGCAUCUGGAACUUCCAUGUGUGGGUGGAGUCAUGGAUGACGCGUCCCGACCUGAAUACAGACGGAAAAUACGACGGCUGGCAAGUGUUGGAUCCGACACCACAGGAAGCCAGUGAUGGCAUUUACCAGUGCGGCCCCGCCUCAGUCAUCGCCAUCCAUGACGGUGAAAUAAAUCUCCCCUACGACAUCCCAUUUGUUUUCGCCGAGGUCAAUGCAGAUUGCGUGGACUGGAUUGUUAUAUCGGACGGGUUAAAAAUAUCCAUGUUUUCCGACACCAAGCGAGUUGGCAAGAAAAUCUCCACCAAGGCGGUGGGUUCCAAAGAGAGAGUGAACAUCACCCACCUCUACAAACAUGAAGAAGGCUCCGAGGAGGAAAGGGCUGUCUUCAAGUACGCCAUCAGCAAGGACGAAGAAAACGAUGACGAAGUGGACGCACCCAGGGGGAGCAUGACUUACGACCAAGCCUCAACGAAACCACCCCCCGUCUCAACGCCACUACUGGUCAUGCACUUUGAGGAGCUGUCCAUGCCGCAGUACGGGGAGGAUGUGCGGCUGAAUCUGGUGCUGAGCAGCGAGAGCAGAGUGGACAGGCAGAUGUCCCUUCGCAUCAGAGUGAAGGGAAUGAAGUACAACGGCACCUCUGUUCUCGUCAUCCUCAAUGAGACCAAAGAGGAGACACUGAAGCCUGGCAAAGAGCUGUCCAUCCCCAUCCUGAUCCCCUUCCAGACCUACUACAAGCACAUGCACGUGUGUGACAGCUUGAAGGUGUCGGCCAUGGUCACAGAUAUGCGACAUCCUGAUAGAAUCUACCUUGCGGAGGACAAUGUGUUGCUGCAGGACCUGCCCGUCCACGUGUCGGUUAACGGCUAUGUCACACAGCACCAAGAGGCGUCCGGAGCAGUGUCUUUCAUGAACACCACCACUGUGGCCAUGACGGGCAUGACGCUGGCUCUGUCUGGAAGUGGUCUCAUGAAGGAGGAGAAGGAAUUCAGGCUUCCAGAUUUGCCUCCCAAUAAUCGCAUCCGCGUCGGAUUCGUAUUCGUCCCCUAUCGGGCUGGAGAGAAGACGCUGGUGGCCGACAUUCACUCUUUCAUUUUUAAAGAUUUCAAGGGCAACUGCACCUUUAAAGUUAAUCGCUUUUAGAUGCUUUUGCGUGUGUGUGUUUUAAAUCAACAGGUGCUUUGUCUCCAAAAGAGACCAGAUGUGUGUAGCUGGAUUUCCACAUGGUGCUUUGAAAGCAAAUAUCGGCAGAAUGUGUCCUGCUUUGGCAUGCAGUUUGGUUGAAACAUCUCGGUAAUUAAAAUUAUUGACACUUGCCUAAAGGAGAGGCUUGCAUUAUUAAAACAUUUGCUGGAA